AUGUCUUACAGAGAACCAGUCAACAUCAAAGCUCUCCUUAUUGUUUACAAUUUUUCCAUGGUGUAUCUUUUUCUCAAGCAUUGUUUUCUGUGUUCAGUAUCAUGGUCAUUCUUUUGUAUUUCCUUUCUGCACAGAUGUGGACAUCUCACCUUCCACAUUGUCCUGCCCUUCAGCUUUCUUCACUACCCUUAUAUAGAAGCUGCCAUCAGGGCUACAUACCACAAAAAUAUAUGCAACUGCUCAUUACAUGCAAACUCCUCCAUAUCAGAAGGCUUCGAAAACAACAAAAACAUUGCAAAUGAGCCUACAGAAGUGAACAACCAGAAGACUAACAAUACAGAGCCUGUAACUGUUGAGCAUCAUCACCAUCAACAUGAGCAUCAUCAUCAACAUGUGCAUUAUCAUCAUCACCAACAUGUGCAUCAUCAUCAUCAUCAAAAUAAAAAUAACAGCACAGGUGAUUCAGAUGUGACCAGCGUACCAAAGGAACCAAUCCAGCAUUCACAUCAAGAACAUAGUCAUCACAAAAGCUGCUCUUGUUUGGUUCUCGUUGCUCUUAAUGAAGUGUGCACUUUAAACCUGAGUCAGGGGUCUGCAUACGGAUGUUGAGCAGAAGAGUCAUUUACACAAGACUUCUGUUUCCCUCCUUCCUUUUAGGGAAUAUAUAAGAGUGCUGAACGAAAGAGUUUGCUAUUUGUAUUAUUUGUUAACUGCCUUGUAUUUAUGUGAUUAUAUGAUGUGUUAAGGAAAUAUGUUUAUGACCCAAAGUGGUAUGCAAGGAGCUGUAUAAAAAUAAAUCUACAUCAGCAUUUAAUAUA